AUGCCUGGCUCUGGGCUCUGCAGCUGCUGGGGUGGCCGGGUGCUGCCCCUGCUCCUGGCCUAUGUCUGCUAUCUGCUGCUCGGCGCCACCGUCUUCCAGCUGCUAGAGAGGCAGGCAGAGGCUCAGUCCAGGGACAAGUUUCAGAUUGAGAAGCUGCGCUUCCUGGAGAACUAUACCUGCCUGGACCAGUGGGCCCUGGAGCAGUUUGUGCAGGUCAUCAUGGAAGCCUGGGUGAAGGGCGUGAACCCCAAAGGCAACUCCACCAACCCCAGUAACUGGGACUUCGGCAGCAGUUUCUUCUUCGCAGGCACGGUUGUCACGACCAUAGGAUAUGGGAACCUGGCACCCAGCACAGAGGCAGGCCAGAUCUUCUGUGUCUUCUAUGCCCUGGUGGGCAUCCCGCUCAACGUGGUCUUCCUCAACCACCUGGGCACAGGACUACGCGCCCACCUGGCCACCCUUGAGCGGUGGGAGGAUCAGCCCAGGCGCUCCCAGAUCCUGCAGCUCCUGGGCCUGGCUCUGUUCCUGACCCUGGGAACGCUGGUCAUUCUCAUCUUCCCGCCCAUGGCCUUCAGCCACGUGGAAGGCUGGAGCUUUGGAGAGGGCUUUUAUUUUGCCUUCAUCACUCUCAGCACCAUCGGCUUCGGGGACUAUGUCGUUGGCACGGACCCCAGCAAGCACUACAUCGCAGUGUACCGGAGCCUAGCGGCCAUCUGGAUACUCCUGGGCCUCUCCUGGCUUGCCCUGAUCCUCUCUCUAGGCCCCCUGCUUCUGCACAGGUGCUCCCAGCUCUGGCUGUUCAGCAGGGGCCUCAACCUCAAGGAAGGGGGUGCCCCUGGGACUGAUGGGCUCCCCAGACUUCAGAAGAUCCCCAUCUCUGCCUGAGACACCCCAACUGGCCCCACAGCCUCUCCCAGCUUCCCCAAGCCCACCCCAUCUGCCCUCUGGAAUUCCUGCUCUACCUUCUCCUCUCCCAACCUACUCACUUCCUGGGGGUUCUCUGGAGAUGGGCAUGUCCAAGGUAAUAACGGAUAGGCAAUGU